GUCACUAGGUGGACAUUCAUCUCGUCUAUUAAUGAGAUAACUGUCAACGUGCUAUUUGCUUUACUCGAGUAUAAAUCAGGGUUUCACUUAGUUCAAUUGUAGAUUUGAGUGGAACUGUUGAGGUUGAACACUAACUUCUUGUUACUUUCAUUAAUGUAAGCUCCAAUAACUUUAUCAUUUAAUGGAUUCAUUAGAAGCAAAAGUAGUAGUGCUUGGGUCCCAAGGUGUUGGUAAAACCAGCGUUGUGGUUCGUUACAUUGGGAAGGCAUUCAGUCGCCAUCUUUCACCAACAAUUGGUGCAUCAUUUUUCACUUGUAAACUGACUAUUCAAGGUUUCCAUGUUAAAUUGCAGAUAUGGGACACAGCUGGUCAGGAGCGCUUUCGUUCAAUGGCUCCAAUGUACUACAGAAAUGCCAAUGCAGCCUUGUUGGUUUUUGACAUAACCUCAUAUGAAAGUUACUUAAAUAUGAAGACAUGGGUUAUGGAGUUGAGAAGGAAUGUAGAGGAGGCUGUUGUGAUGUGUGUUUUGGGAAACAAAUGUGAUUUGAAAAGCAACAGAGCAGUAAAUACAACAGAAGCACAGCAAUAUGCUGUAUCUAUUGGAGCUACUUAUUUUGAAACAUCAGCUGUUUCAAAUGAAGGAAUUGAAGAGGCCUUUGCUCAGACAGCACUUGGACUUAUUGAAGUUUUCAAGAACAAUGAAUCACAACACAACAAAUCAAAUGACAGUCUGGAUGGUGUAGAUAAUGUUUUAUCACCACAGUAUCCACUCAGAACUAAUGUUAUUAAAACAUCAGAGCCAGAAGGACAAAGAAUAUUUUGUUGCUGAAUUUUAGAAUUCUGAUGGUUUUAAAUUAAAACCAUUGUUUACUGGCUUUAUGAUUGAAGGUCAUGGCUUUUGAAGUGGAUAAGAUAAACUGGUUGUUGAACUUAACGCUUUUUUCGAAAGCUCAUUGAGCAUUCACAUAUAAAGUAUUGUUUUAGAUUAUUAGGAAAAUGUGAUGCAUGUGCGUUAGACAGCUAAGUUACUGUUGGUUGGAUGUAAAGAUAUUUUUUGAGAUUAUAUAUUACAGUCUUAAUCUCAGACUGAUGUGGUAGUAAAACUUUUUUUUGUUGCAUCUGGUUUUUGCUUAUGAAGUUAGAAACUUGUAAUAUGGCUAAAAUAUGCACACUGUAGUUACCGUGCAGUAUACUCUAGGUGACAAAACUAUCUGCCAGUAUCGUUUUUUUUUUAAUCAAAGUGAAUAUUUAAAAGUUUUAUUACACCCCAUUUUUUUUACAAUUUCAUUGAAGAGAAACAAGAGAAGUGUUUCUGACUUAAAUAUUUCAUCUUUUUAUGCUUUCUCAAUUUUAAUAGUUAAUGUUCUAGAAAGAGAAUAUUGUUCAGAUGCUAGAAAAAAUAUUUAAUUGAUCGAUUUUGAGCUGGUAUGUAAGUUACUGUUUUUUUAUCAAAUAUCUAGUAUAUCAGCAUUAAUUUAAAAAAGAAAAUUAGUAUGUAGUAUGCAAUGAGGGGCUAUCAUAGUUGAAUUAUUUUUUCAGUCAGAACUAUGUGGUUGUUAGGAAAUACUGUAGGCAUUAAUAUAUUUUGUAGUAGAGUGCCAAAGUUCAAUGAUUUUGUUUUUAAAGAAAAACACUUAAUUUCUGUAAUGCUAUUUUUUAAAAAUGUCUAAUUUCUGCAUUAUCUACAAAUAAAUAGCCUGAAUAGCUUCUUAAUCUUGAUAUCUAAAACUAUAAUAUUUAAUGCUUCUUAAUUUUAUAAAUAGACAAAUAUUUGUCAACACCUUGAAAGUGGUGGUGAUCAUUGAGCUUCAAGAUACUAAAUUCUUAUUCACUGAUUUGGUGUAGUCUUUUGUGUAGGUAGUGGUAUGUGAUAAAUAUAUGUAGAUAUACAUGUUGAUAAAUACCUCAUUGGCUGAUAUUCUAAAAGGAGAAUUGUAUGAUUCAAAUGUUAGAAAAGAUGUUUGAUUGACCAAUUUUGAGCUAACCUUACUGAAAGUGCAUUAUAGUUUCACUAACAAGAAAUUUUCUUAACUUUUGUAAAGAAAAUUUUGUUACUGUUCUUUUUUUCUUUAUGUGGCAGUCUAUAAAUUAUACCAAGAAAGGAAAUGAUCACUAAACAAGAAAUAUCAUGCAUGUUCAUUUAUAUAAGUACAUACUAUGUGUAUAUUGAAUCAUGGAUAUACUGCCUUCUAGAAAACACUUAAUAUCAGUUUCUCUAACCUUAACAGUUACCUCAAAUAAAUAUUACAUGCAUUUUGUGUGAUUUGAUGAAGAGAUGGCAGUAAAUUGUAAUAAGAGCAAGAUUCAAGCGAUAAAAUAUUUUUAUAUAAUCUAUUUGUAACAUAAAUUUUGAAUUUUUUAACAUUUGAAAUCAUUAUCUUAAAAUUUGCACUAAAGUAUAACUUAAAACAUAACUGUUUGUAUGUAAAGUUUUGAAGUACAAAAUUCUUUCCGAGAAAUGAACUUUAUGGUUUGGAAUAUUUUAAGGUUUUCAGGUGUCACAUUGUUUAAUUGGAAAACAGGAUUAUUAGUUUACCAGAUACAAGAAUUCAGAUAUUAUAGCUAAGAGUGAGCUUACGUGGAUACAUAUUGUAAAUGUUGUACUUACUUAACUAUGGAGAUACACAAAUUACUCGGGUAUAUCAAACAUGUAAUGAAAGAUAAAAAUUCUUGAAACCAAAUGUAAUUUUUAAAUGUUUUUCAAUUUAGCUUCUUACAGUGACUGGAUUUUGACAUGUAGUUAGUUUGCUCUGUAGGAAAGAAAUGUUUGAUAUAUUAAUUCAAGAUUUAGGUUUUUCAAAGAGUGCAGUAUGGGCAUUAAUGUAUAGCUAUUGAAAAGUUAUUUGGCCUUCAUGAAAAUUUAACAUGAAUUAUUUAAUUUUUUUUUUAAUAAAAUGAAAUAAUUGUUACAUAGUUCAAUGGGAACUUGAAUAUCAUUUUAAUAGAAAUUUCAAAUAGCACAUUAAUCAUGUUCAUGAA